UCAGUUGGAGAAAUAUAUUCAAUAUGAAAUCAUUACUAUCGCUGUGUUUCUUGCUGGGUCUGGCAUUAACCCAAGUAAGUGCUAGUUGUCCGGAAAACUGCCCCGACACUGAAGACGUGGUCUGGGCUCUUGGAGGCGGUUGCAAUGUGUUCCGCAAUAAAUGCUACUUCGAAAAGGAGAAGUGUCUGACAAAUCCAGAGUUGACCAUCACCACCAAGGAGGAGUGUCAGAAGUUUUGCGGAAGUGCUUGUCCCCAAGUUUACCAACCUGUAGGAGGUUCUUAUAACGGACAGAUAAGAAGUUUUGGGAAUGAAUGCGAAAAGCGUGUUCACACCUGUCAGACGGGUGAAACCUUUUUGUAAAAGAUUCAAAUUCUUCAAACGCCCAUGGAAAUGAAGGGAUUUAAACACUCUUAAUAAAUAUGAAUAAAUAAAAAUUGUACUGUAUGUAUUGACAAAUGAUAUAUGGGCGAUAAAGGUUUAUACUUUUGCAAAUAAAAACUAAUUUUUUAGAAGAAAA